UUUUGCCAAAAGGCUGCCCCGCAGCCCAACGCAUGGCCGCCUGGGCGACGGACGCGUGACCUGGACGCCAACCGAGGCUACCGACGGACUGCGGGCAGCCUCGACGCCACCGAGGCGAGCCCAAACCAACAGCCACCACGGCGCUCGCGAAGGAAGCCGAGGCCGUGGCGCGCUGCCAGGAAUUGAUUGGAGAAGAACCGAUCCACGACCCUCUCAAAACUUUCCGCAACCAGCAAUCGACUCUUGGAUUGAGCAAGAAGGCGAUGACGGCCAAGACCCAUCGCACCCAUAAGGAGGUCGACCCCGGCACGCAGUCGCUCAUAGACCGCAUCGCUGACGACUCUUCGUUGAAAGCGCCGCCUAUGCCGAAAAGGCCCAAUCUCAAGUCGGGCACCACCAAAAGCAAGCUCCAGGCGCUGUCGAGAUAUAUUCAUGCGUUCGAGUAUAACCAUACGGGCAAGUCGUAUUUCAAGAUGAGCCGCGACCGGGGGCUGAAACAUGUGCACUUCACGGCCCGGGAAAUUAUUCGCGAGGCGUUACCUAUCCAGUGCGUGGAGGCCGUGUUCCUGGCGGUGCAUUUGACUGCAGAGUUGGAGUGUCUGGAUCUGCGAGUGCCGCUAUCGUUCAAGUCGAAAUGCGGCGAAGCGCAUUAUAGACAUAUUGUAUUGGCUGUACGGGACGCUUCGACGGGCAAGUGGGGCUCGUUAGGUAUCUCUCGAAGAAAAGUAUUAGCUUUCAAGGAGCCCACCUUCGAGAGUUUGUCAACUCUAGUAUUAGAUUUCCAGCUCUCCUACAAGCAGUGCGACCACGACCUCGUCAAGGUUUAUCUCGGGCUGCCCUUCCCGUCAGGGUUACAUUCCGUCGACCCCAUAAAAUGGAGAGUACUGAAACAGGAGUUAACUGAUGAGUGGGCGAAAAAAGUCGACAAGUACUCGAAGGACUGCAACUGGGUCCGCGAGUACCAUUUGUCGACCGGUGGGCUCCCGGAGCCCUACAACGGUACCACUAAGGAGCCGAAGGCGGCCGUGCCAAAGAACAAGAAGCGUCGGAGGAAGAAAAAGAAGAAGAAGGCUGUUGACGAGCCGGCGGACGAGGAGUACGACCCGGAGAAGUACACGGAAGAUGACGAGGUCCUCGGCAGCGACAGCGAGGACGAGAGCGGCUGCGAGAGCGACGGGGCCGUCGUGGCGAGCGACGGCGGCGAGGAGUCUUGAAUCUCCGACGCGGCGGCCGCGGCGACGGCGUGGGGGGCGGCGCGCUAAGUUUUAGUUUGUGUUA